AUUCCUUCCACCAGCGAGAGUGUAUCUCCAUCCAUGUUGGCCAGGCCGGAGUCCAGAUGGGCAAUGCAUGCUGGGAGCUGUACUGCCUAGAACAUGGCAUCCAGCCAGACGGCUACAGACCAGACGGCAGGAGCACUGGCGGGACAGACGGCUCCUUCAACACCUUCUUCUGCGAGACAUCGGCUGGGAAACACGUGCCCAGGGCCGUCUUUGUGGAUCCGGAGCCCUCUGUGAUCGAUCAGGUCCGUGUCGGUACCUACCGCCUGCUCUUCCACCCCAAGCAGCUCGUGACUGGGAAGGAAGAUUCUGCCAACAACUACGCUCGCGGGUGCUACACCGUCGGUAUUGGGAUGAUAGAGCCCGUCUUGGAUAGGAUUCGGAAACUGGCUGACCAGUGCACGGGUCUCCAAGGCUUCCUGGUGUUCCACAGCUUUGGUGGAGGUACUGGUUCUGGCUUCACCUCCCUGCUGAUGAAACGCCUGACUGCCGACUACGGCAAGAAGUCCAAGCUGGAGUUCUGCAUCUACCCGGCUCCACGGAUCUCCACCGCAGUGGUGGAGCCCUACAACUCCGUCCUGACCACCAGCGCCACCCUGGAGGACACAGACUGCUCCUUCAUGAUGGACAACGAAGCCAUCUACGAUAUCUGCCAGAAGCACCUGGGAGUCGAGAGCCCGGGCUACGUGAACCUCAACAGGCUCAUUGGUCAGGUCGUCUCGUCGAUCACCGCCUCCCUCCGCUUCGACGGGGCCCUCAACGUGGAUCUGAUAGAAUUCCAGACCAACUUGGUGCCCUAUCCCCGAAUCCACUUCCCCCUGGUCACCUACGCCCCGGUCAUCUCGGCCGAGAAGGCUUACCACGAGCAAAUGUCCGUGGCCGAGAUCACCAAGUCUUGCUUUGAGCCGGCCAACCAGAUGGUCAAGUGUGACCCUCGCUAUGGCAAGUACAUGGCUUGUUGUCUGCUUUACCGCGGUGACGUGGUGCCGAAAGACGUCAACGCUGCCAUUGGUGCCAUCAAGACCAAACGUACCAUCCAGUUUGUGGACUGGUGCCCGACUGGGUUCAAGUUUGGCAUCAACUACCAGCCUCCCACUGCGGUGCCCGGUGGGGACCUGGCCAAGGUGCAGCGUGCAGUGUGUAUGCUGAGCAACACCACUGCCAUCGCUGAGGCUUGGGCACGGCUCGACCACAAGUUUGACCUGAUGUACACCAAGCGCGCCUUCGUGCAUUGGUACGUGGGGGAGGGGAUGGAGGAGGGAGAGUUCUCCGAGGCCCGUGAAGACAUGGCAGCCUUGGAGAAGGAUUACGAGGAAGUUGGAGCUGACAGCACAAACAAUGACAAUGACGGAGAGGAAUUCUGAGUCACUCCCAACCCUGGCCUUGAAGAGGAGAUGGAGGAAUUCUGACCUAUUUAAACUUGAGCUUAUUCUAAUUCCACUCCAAUUUAUGUAAGACUCAUUUGAAUUUGUCAGCUUCAUUCAUUUAAAUGUUUGACCUCAACCCUCAUCCUUCAGUAGACGAGAUAAUGGGGAAAGGGUUUGGAUUUCAAUGAUCUGUACUGCCUUCGAUCUAAGUCUGCCAAUUAUUUGAUCAAUAGAAAGCAUAGGCUGUGCAAAAUAAUUUGGUUUUGCUAAUUUAUCAUUCCUGGAAGCGCAAAGACAGGCCUAUCGCCAUUGAGCUGUUGACAUCUGGAAGCCAUCUUGGAGAUCUGACCAUCUAACCUGCUGCUGGGUGUUAGUGUUUGAACUUCUUGAAUGGAUUAAGAACAUGCAACAAGUCCCGUUGUAUCUCAUGAUGGUUGCCACUAUGGAAUAGGAUGGAGAUAAACUGCACUAACAGUAUGGAGGUAAAAUCUGAACCAUCAACGCGUUGAAAGUAUGUCUUCCCAAUGUACCCGCUUCCAUGUGACAGAUCAAAAUUCCAACAUUAAUGCCAAAAGCUUUGUCCAUUUUCCCAGAGGAAAAAUUGAGAUGUAUAAAUGUUUAAGUUAUUAAAAUUUGCACCUU